AUGCCUAAAACAAAGAAACAGAAACGGCCCGCAAGAAUAACCAGUUUUCCCUUCUUUCCCAGACUACCUCUGGAGAUCCAGGAUGAGAUUUGGAAAUUCGCUCUCGAAAACGACGUCCCAGCUGCUCAUAUCGUCAAUAUUGACCUUGAAUACCCUUCUAAUAAAGAUCCAGCUCAUUUGCUUCUGCAACGCCUGGUUGCAACAGGAUACAGUACACCACCCCAACCGAAGAUGUAUACCUCUCGUGACCUCUUCAUCAUUUCCAAUCCAUGGCUUGCAGGCAGAUUGAUCUUGUUCGACGGUUUUUCUUCUCACAGCACAUCCGUCAAGUACGUUGCUCUCCCUUACUCGACCAUCAAAAUGCCCUGGUAUCAUUUCUCGAGGGGUCCCGAGAGACCUGUGAUAGACGAGAUCUUCCGCGUUUUUGACAACCUUGAAACUCUCUACAUCCUCAUUCAUCCGGACAAACUCUACAAGAGGGAUCAAUUGGAAAUCUCGAGUCUCGUGCGGCCGAUGCAAAUACAUCUCAAAACAUACAAAAGAACUAGGAAAGACACUUCCCCUCGGAGAUUCCAGUACGGCGAUCGGGUCUAUCACGAAAUCUCGGACGUGCUACUGACGAAACUGAACCAAUUUCGAGCCUUGUCCAUGGCAGUCACCGACAUGGCGAUGGCCGCAAAGGCUCAAAGAGAGAAGAAUGGUGGAGAUAAACCACCUCUGGUCAUCCGGUUUAUGACUUGGUAG